AGCCAGGGAGGGAGGGGAGGAAGAAGGAGGAAGGGAAAGGAGGAGGAGGAAGGGGGGGAGGCAGUGACAGAGGGGAGAGGAGUGCCGCCAAGCAAGCAUGAGGUUUUCACUUUCCAUUCUCCUCUCAGCAGCAGUCAGAUGAGAGUCCUUGUGCACAAGAGAAGUGCCUUCUUCCUCUCCCGCCCGUGGAUCUUGGACUCCGCUGAACCCCGCCACAGUCGUCAGCGCUGCCUCGCUGGGCCGUCGACGCCAUCCACUGCGCCACUGAAACGCUAACGUCGGGGCCCCUCCCUCCCUGCUUGCCUCCCUCCUGCGCAGAUAAAGCCCGAUGUUGAGAAUAAACAGAUACAAUCGGCCGCUGUGAGCGGGAAGAAGAUCGUGGCUCUCGCUGUCUUCUCCACCGCACCCUCCUCCUCCUCCUCCCCUUUCUGCUUCUUCCCAUCAUGAGCCGACGCGAUCAAUAAUGUUUUACCAUCCUUUCGUCUGACAGUCGAGCCGAGGAGCGAGCCGAUAUUUGACCGCUAAAGGCUUCCUAUUUGAGGCAAGCGGGCCCCGAGGAUGGGCUACAGGUUGUAGAGCCUCAAGAGGCCUCCCCUGACUCACAUCCAGACAAAGACCUUUUCGAGCCCACCGUCUCCCAUGUCAUUGACUUUUCCAUCCUCAUUAGCAACACACGGGCGUGCUCAUAAUUGCAUUUGCUGGAUAUACGUUCUUUUUCAUCGGCCAACCUCGGCAACUGCUGUCGCUCCUGUUCCGAAAUGGCGGUGAACGUGACGCCCAUCCGGGACACAAAGUGGCUGACUUUGGAGGUGUGUCGGGAGUUCCAGAGGGGGACGUGCUCGAGGCCGGACAACGAGUGCAAGUUCGCCCACCCCGCCAAGAGCUGCCAAGUGGAAAACGGCCGAGUCAUUGCCUGUUUUGACUCGCUCAAGGGCCGCUGUUCCCGGGAGAACUGCAAGUACCUUCACCCCCCGCCCCACCUGAAGACCCAACUGGAGAUCAACGGGAGGAACAACCUCAUCCAGCAGAAGAACAUGGCCAUGCUGGCCCAGCAGAUGCAGAUUGCAAACGCCAUGAUGCCGGGCACGCAGCUCCAGCCCGUGCCCAUGUUUUCCGUCACGCCCGGCCUGGCCGCCAACGGCAACGGAACGGCGUUCAACCCUUACCUCGGCCCCGUGUCGCCCGGCCUGAUGCCCGCCGAGAUCCUUCCCAGCGCGCCGGUACUGCUCACCAGCAACGCCGGCGUCCCCGUCCCGGUUGCCACGGCGGCGCAGAAACUGAUGAGGACAGAUAGACUGGAGGUGUGUCGGGAGUACCAAAGGGGCAACUGCACCCGUGGCGAAAACGACUGCCGCUUUGCGCACCCGUCCGACAGCACCAUGAUCGACACCAACGACAACACGGUGACGGUGUGCAUGGACUACAUCAAGGGGCGUUGCUCUCGGGAGAAGUGCAAGUACUUCCACCCGCCCGCUCACCUGCAGGCCAAAAUCAAAGCGGCCCAGCAUCAAGUCAACCAGGCGGCGGCCGCUGCAGCCAUGGGGCUCCCUCCCGUCCUGCCCCCUUUACCAAAGAGACCCGCACUUGAAAAAGCCAACGGUGCCAGCAACAUGUUCAACGCCGGUAUGUUCCAGUACCAACAGGCCCUGGCCAACAUGCAGUUCCAGCAGCAGGCUGCCUUCAUCCCGUCGGGCUCGAUAUUGUGCAUGACGCCUGCAACAAGUGUUGUACCCAUGAUGCACGGCGCUACUCCGGCCACUGUGUCUGCAGCCACCACAUCUGUCACAAGUGUUCCCUUUGCAACCGCCUCAGCCAAUCAGAUCCCGAUAAUAUCUGCCGAGCAUCUGACUAGUCAUAAAUACAUGACCCAGAUGUAGGAGGGGCCUCAAUCACAAAAGUGGAUCUGGAGAGUCAAGACCAGCGAUUCAACAGGCGAGCCGAACGGGAAGCCGCUGAAUCCACACGUGGCCAACUGAGAGUCACUUCACCUCCAUUUCAAGAGCGCCUUGUUCCUCCUCUCUGCGAAAGGGAGGGCGCCUUUACCUUUAUUCACCGGGCACACUUUGAAUGUGACGCGACUAAGACGAUGAUGCGCUGCGUCCAGUGAGGCGGAGGAGGAAUCGCGGCGUCUUUUGUAACGUUUCUUCAUUGGUUGUCUUUCAUGUGUUUACACAAAAGGUGCACCUUAUAUUUCGGUUGAUGGAGACGAAUAAGAAUCUGACUGUGUCACGAAGGUUUUUAUGUUACGAUAAAUCAACGACAAGGAGAAGAAGAAAAAAAUAAAGGCCAUACAUGUGCUAAUACGCCAA